AUGACGAACUCGAGAACGUUUUGUCUACACUCAAAUGUCACUUUUCUCGGGUGCGCCCAUACGAUAUCUCACUCUCGACCCGAGAAACUGACAAAUGAGUAUAGACAAAGCGUUUCUCGAGUUUGUCAUGCUACGCGUGCAGGUGUGAUUUCCGGUCGGGUCAAUGUAGAAAAUGAUCUUUUCUAUAUUGACUCGGGUCUGGGUGUUGUGUUACCUUCGUUGUCUCAGAUACUCCAUAA